ACAUGUGCGAAGUAAUUGUCAGUAAAUCGUGUUGUUUAUUGGUGGAGUGUAUUUUUUUUAAAUUGUCAUUUUAACGAGGCAACAUCUGUCAAAACGGCGGAGGGCGACGCGAGGGUGGGGAGGCGGCAGGGUGCGGGUGCGGCCGACUUCCGCCCGCGCUGCCGACGCCUUCCCCUCUCCGAGCCCUCGAUGAUAUGCCGCCACCGCUCCUCAGGUCCAAUCCACUGUAUAUGGAGGAAGAAGAACAGGAGGUAGUCAUAAUUGUGGAUUCCCUGGAAGAAAGCGUGGGUUCAGCAGAGCACAGUCCGAAGCGAGUGCCGUCUACAUCAUCAGCUUGUAUCUGGACAGGGUAUGGGAGCGGCGUCGGCAGCCACGGGCGCGUCUCUCCAAGCUUACCAAAGAACGAACCAUUCGAAACAGAGCCGCGCGCUUCCGACUCUGACAAGAACGAUGGAUCUCACAACUGCUCGGAUUCCGAAGCCAGUCCGGGCUGCACCCUCUCGAGGAGCUUGAAGAAUGAUAUUCGAUCUUGCCUAGGGGCCUGCAGAUGGGAGAAAGACGUGGGGGAAGUGGUGGAAGCGGCGGUGCGCGGUGCCGGUGGUGUCUCGGCGGCCCGGGCGCGACUACACGCGGCCCUAUUGGCGCUCCACGACCCACGACCGCGCGUGCCCAACCGCGGACCGACCCUGCCAUACUGCGGGCCUGGAGUACGACCCGGUGACGUCACCAUGAUGCCCAAGAACACCGAAAUGUCCUUACUGGCAGCCAGUGCGUUGUUCACGCUGGACGGUCCAAAGAGUCAAGCCUUAUCACGUCGUCUGGCCCGGGGCGAGCGUCGCCGCAGACGAUGUCGAGUAGCUCUGGCGGUGCUGGCCUUACUGCUUCUGCUGGCGUCGGUGGGCGCCGUGGAGCUUAUCAUGUCGCGAGGACAGAGAGUCUUCGGAGCCGUCCUGCGAUGAAGCUUCCAGAAUUUAAUUCUAUCAGCUCACAGACGUCCACUG